GUCUACAUUUGGCUCUCCUGCUCAACUCGAAGAGGUUUCGUGGUUUAAAUAAAGGCCAUUAUUGCUACAAUCAAAUUAAAGCUCAUCUCACACUACCACCAGAGCCACAUUAAAGCUCAAACAAUCCCACAAUUCAUUUAGCAUGCGCCCAUUAGCUGCUCUUGAAAACUCACCCAUUCUCACCUUAAUAACAUUAGUCUUAAUAGCCAUUAAUAGUCAUUUAUUUAUAAUUAUAUUUGCUUGCGCGCGCGCGAGGCUUAUAUCUGCGCGCGCUGAAUGGAAUAAACGCACAAAGAGAUUCCAAAGGAGCAAAUAUAAAGGAGCUGAGCGCUGAGGAAACUGACCAGGAGGAGGAUGAUGGAAAGGGUUAACGCGGAGGUGCAUUAGAGAUGCAUGGAGGAGCAGAGGGGAGGAGGCGCUCAGCGCUGAGACAUUGUCAUGCAAACAGAGACCACCGCCUCGCCAUUGUCUCCCGGACACCAACUUUAUUAUAAACACACCGCGAGCCGCCCGCCGCAGCAGAGCACCGGAACACCGGCACUGAGGGACACGCGCUGGAUACCUCGAGAAAACCACGCGUUCCGCUGGAGUUUGACGCCGGUACCGGACACUUCGCGCACCCACCCGCGUCUCCGUCCGCCCUCCACAUGUACAAAAUGGAUUACUCGUACCUGAACACGUAUGACUCGUGCAUGGCUGCGAUGGAGGCGUCGGCGUACGCGGACUUUAACUCGUGCAGCCAGGCCAACACGUUCCAGUACAACCCGAUCCGAACCGGCUUCAGCUCGAGCCCCGGCUGCGCUCCGCUCGGUUCGGCCAGCUGCACCCUGGGCGCGCUGCGGGAGCACCAGCCCGCGCCCUACUCCACAGUUCCGUACAAGUUCUUCUCGGACGCGUCCGGUCUGAACGAGAAGCGCAAGCAGCGGCGGAUCCGCACGACCUUCACGAGUUCUCAGCUGAAGGAGCUGGAGCGCGUGUUCGCGGAGACGCACUACCCGGACAUUUACACGCGCGAGGAGCUCGCGCUGAAGAUCGACCUGACCGAGGCGCGCGUCCAGGUUUGGUUCCAGAACCGACGCGCCAAAUUCCGUAAGCAAGAACGCGCUGCCAACUCCAAAGGAGCUAACGCCGCCGGCAACGGCUCCGGUGCCAAGAAGUCUGGUGAGAACCGCUCUUCCUCCGAGGAUGACGAGUCUAAAGAGUCCACCUGCAGCCCGACGCCUGACAGCACGGCGAACAUGGGCAGCCCCGGGGCCAGCAGUCUCAGCCCCAGCCCGGUCUCCGGCUCCUCAGCCGGCUUCACCAACGCCUCCAUCUCACCCUCCAUCCACCAGGGCCUCAAGAGCUCGCCGUGGCCCAGCAUCGGCUCCGCCGGGCCGGCCCUCCAGACCCAGGACCUGCUGAAGGCCUGGCAGCCGGCGGACAGUAUGGCGUCUGGACCGUUCGCAGGCGUUCUGUCCUCGUUCCACCGGAAACCCAACACAAUCAAGACCAACCUGUUCUAGAGACUCUGUCGCUCAUCUACUGCUAGUUCCGUUCUGUUGAUUGAUUUGCGUAGAGCUGGACUCCCGAUGGUUCAUUUAUUGUCAUGUUGUGUGUGUGUGUGUGUGUGUGUGUUCAUUCAGAUCCAUUCCUCUUAUUUUCCUCUGAAUGCUGAAGAGACGUCUUAUAGAUCGACAUCAUCAUCCCGUGAAUCGUCAGUAAAUGAGUUCUUCAUUUCCUCUUAAACGAAGGUCCAGAAACGCUUGGAGCUUCAGAACGAGAGAUCAGUUCAGGUCUUCAGGGAGAGACGAUGAAUGAAAGCAAACUGUGAUGCGAUUUGAGGAGCUGUGACCAAAUAUUCACGACAGGUUACGGGUUUAUUAAGGAUCCGUUUCUGAAUGACCAGUGUAAUAUUCUAGACUGUCCGUUUUUAUUCUUCCAGAACUCAACAUCCAAGAGUUUCCGGGCGAAUUUAAGGUUUUGGGAUCAGAAUGAUGUUGAGCUUGUGUCUUAUUGAUGCAUUUCUCAUGCAGUUCUUCACUGAAGCUCUUUGAAGAUGGAUUUGUGUUGUGUGUGUGUGUAUGUGUGUGUGUGUGUGUGAGAGAGAGCAUGUGUGAGAGUGUGUGUGUGUGUGUGUGUGAGAGAGAGAGAGUGUGUGUGUGUGUGUGUG